AUGGCGCCUCUCCGUGAAGGAGAGAGAAAACCUUUUGGGAAGGUGAAGAUCUGGCGCAACACCUUGGGACAUUUGUUGAGGGACGACGCCGACGAUGAGGACGUCGUUUGUGGAUUGAGGUUGCUGAGAGAUGAGCUUUAUGCGCGGCUCCAACAAUCGUUUGCUCCACCCGAGAAAGGAUCGUUGGGUCGUGACAUUUUCAAAAUGGUGUCACGAUUCCCUAGAGUCACUGAAGAAAGAAAUAAUCAGUUGGACGCCAGAGACAUCCGGGCAGUUGCAGAUGAAAAAGGAUUGCCGUCUGCAACGAUCGAACCUGUUCGGUUACAGAGGUGCAAGAGUCUUUAUUGGGAAUACCCGGCCUUAGAAUUAGAAGAUGAGCCAAAGGAGAUUCUGCCCUAUGGAGAUCUAUCGCCUCCCCAAAGACAAUUUAGUUGUUGGAGAAAACCAGCCUUUUCUCUCUUCUUCCCCUCCCUUAUUAUUUCAUUAAAUCUAUCUAUCUAUCUCCAAAUACAAAUAUACCAUAUCUAUUCCUUCCGUUCUUUCUCGUUUUCUAUCUAUCUGUCUAUCUAUCUGUCUAUUACUUACCGUCUGUCGCGUCGUCUAUCUAUCUAUCUUUCUAUCCAUCAUUUUUUAUCAUAA